AUGUGCGCUGUCGGCAAGUCUCAGCCUCACAUCCGCGCGCGUGGAAGCUCCGGAGCGGCCGUUACUCCUCCACCGCUAACCGGACCUGCUAAAGCGCUGUUCGGCUUUGGUACCUUGGCUCCCUACUCCCAACUCGUCCCUCUCACCCGCACGGGCUCGUCACCUAUAUCAGCAUCCCCACAUCUCUCUCAGCCACGUCGAUUUCCCGUACAAGUACCUACUCAAACGCUCCUCAGUCUAUACCCGCAGACCAACGCCACACCCACCGCUCGGAGGAUCUCGGCCAUCUUCUCUACACUCGCAAUGGCGGCCAGAACGCCAGCACGAGAGGCUGCGGCAGCCAAGAUCAAGGACAUCUCCGCAGCCCUCGCAUCGACAUCCUCCUCCAGCAAAGCCAGUCGCUCGUCGCUGAACGAAGAAGGCCUCAUCCUCUCCGCUCUGCGCAUGCUCGCCACCUUUGACAAUGCCAAGAAUGCGCUCUUCGCCCUGGUCGUCUACCGCUACUCCACCCGCCUUCUCCGCCACCUCAAGGUCUACGGCGUCUCCGAAAGCCUCUUCCAGCUCUACCGCCUCAUCUCGGCACGCGCAUUCGCGCUCCUCCUCAAGACCCCCGCCGCACGCCGCAAGGUCAAGCGCGAACUCGACUCGGCCAUCGCAGAGGUCGAGGCAAAGAUCGUACCCCGCCCCAAGCAUCUCGAGAUUCACCGCCAGCUGCCCCAGCUCGGCAAGGAGAACGACUGGAUCCGCGGCGAGAUGGCAAAGCUGCAGACCAUGGAGGCCGGCGUAGACGCAAAGAUCGUCGAUGCAGAGUGGCAGAACCGCGACGGCCAGAUGGUCUGGAAGGGCGGCAAGGUCUCCGGCGCCGUCUACCACGGCGGUGACGACCUCUCCGAGCUCCUCGCCGACUCGAUCAAGCAGUUCCUCGUGUCCAACCCGCUGCACCCCGACGUAUUCCCCGGCGUCCGCAAGAUGGAGGCCGAGAUCGUCUCCAUGGUGCUCCGCAUGUACAACGCGCCCGCGUCGGCUGUCGGCGCCACCUCCUCGGGCGGCACCGAGUCCAUCCUCCUCUCGUGUCUCGCCAUGCGCGAGUGGGCCCGGGCCACCAAGGGCAUCACCGAGCCCGAACUCAUCAUCGGCGUCUCGGCGCACGCUGCCUUUGACAAGGCAGGCACCUACUUUGGCAUCAAGGUGCACCACAUCCCCGUCGACCCCAUCACGCGAAAGGUCAACGUCGGCCGUGUCGCGCGCGCCAUCAACCGCAACACCAUCGGCCUCGUCGGUUCCGCACCCAACUUCCCCGACGGCAUCAUCGACGACAUCCCCAACCUCGCCAAACUCGCCAAGCGUCACAACAUCCUGCUGCACGUAGACUGCUGUCUCGGCUCCUUCCUCGUGCCCUUCCUCGACAAGGCCGGCUUUGACACGGAGCCGUUCGACUUCCGUCUGGAUGGCGUCACCUCGAUCUCGUGCGACACGCACAAGUACGGCUUUGGGCCCAAGGGGCUUUCCACCAUCCUGUACCGCAGCGCAGAGCUGCGCAGGUUCCAGUACUACGUCAAGACCGACUGGCCCGGUGGAGUGUAUGCCACCCCGACGCUCUCGGGAUCGCGUCCGGGCUCGCUCAUUGCAGGUACCUGGGCGGCCAUGAUGAAGCUCGGCGAGUCGGGAUACGUGCAGGCGUGCCGCGACAUUGUGGGCGCGGCCAAGGAGAUCCAGACGCGCAUCGAGCGCGAGAUCCCCGAGCUCUUUGUGCUGGGCAAACCCAUCGUGUCGGUGAUUGCGUUUGGAUCGGCGGCGCAGAACGUGUCGAUCUACGAUGUCGGCGACCACAUGUCCAAAAAGGGCUGGCACAUGAACGGUCUUGGCGGCGAUGUGCCUGCCAUCCACAUUGCGGUCACGAGGCUGACGAUCCCGGUGGUUGACGAGUUCGUGGCAGACCUCAAACAGGCAGUGGCCAAGGCAAGGUCCGUCUUCAGCGGUGAUAAGGGCUCCAUGGCCACACUUUAUGGGCUGGGAUCGGGUGUGUCGGCUACUGCCAUCGUGGGUCAGCUCGCGACUAGGUUCAUCGACACUCUCUACCUCAUCUAG